AUGUAUACAGCGAGCAAUGUAUAUUUUAUAUGCGGUUUCGCCGCAUUGGUAGGGGGUGGACUCUUCGGUUUCGACAUCAGUUCGAUGAGCGGUGUACUGGGUACGAACGCAUAUAUUCGGUAUUUCGACAACCCCGUGUCAUACAGACAAGGCGGUAUCACUGCGUCUAUGCCCGCUGGCUCCUUGGUUGGAUCGUUGGUGAGCUCAUUCAUCGCAGAUAAGUACUCAAGGAAGGUGGCACUCCAGGUUUCUUGCUUACUUUGGAUUAUUGGAUCAAUCAUUCAAUGUGCGGCCCAAAAUGUUGGCAUGCUCUGCGCCGGAAGGGUCAUUGCUGGACUCUGUGUCGGCAUUGCAUCAUCCAUUGUGCCAGUGUAUCAAUCCGAAAUUGCCCCCAAAGAGAUUCGUGGCCGCAUAGUGUCGCUUCAGCAGUGGGCGAUCACUUGGGGUAUUCUCAUUCAGUACUUCAUCCAGUAUGGUGCUGCUCAAGUCGGUGGCGGCCCCGAGAGCGAAAACCAACCAGAGGCGGCUUUUCGCAUACCUUGGGGAGUUCAGAUGGUUCCUGCUUUCAUCCUACUCAUUGGAUUAUUCUUUUUUCCUUAUAGCCCUCGUUGGCUAGCUUCCAGAGACCGCUGGGAAGAGGCAAUCAAGGUCCUCGCUCUUCUCCAUGGUGCUGGCGAUGUCAAUCAUCCUAAGGUGCUGGCUGAGUAUCAAGAGAUUGAAGAUGCUCUAAGGUUUGAGCGUGAAGAAGCUAUUUCGAGCUUCAGGGCGCUGACUCAGCCUCGAAUCUUCAAGCGAGUGAUCCUGGGAAUGUCCAUUCAGAUGUGGUCCCAACUCUGUGCAGGCAUGAAUAUCAUGAUGUACUAUAUUGUGUAUAUCAUGAAAGGUGCAGAUAUCGGUGACGAACUCUUGACUUCUGCCAUCCAGUAUAUCAUCAACGUUGUUAUGACAUUACCUGCUAUCCUCUACCUCGAUAAGAUUGGACGGAGGCCUGCUUUGAUUUUUGGCUCAUUCUUCAUGAUGAUUUGGCUCUUCAUUUCAGGUUCACUGCAGGCUGUAUAUGGUCAUCCUAACGACUUCACAAACCCAAGACUCGAUCAGAUCACUUGGGUGGUGCAAGGUAAUAAAUCUGCGUCAUCAGCCAUCGUUGCAUGUUCAUACCUCUUCGUCGCUACUUUCGCCACGACAUGGGGCCCGACCUCGUGGACCUACCCGGCAGAGAUAUUCCCAAGCAAGGUUCGCGCGAAGGCAGUGUCCCUUGCUACAGCCUCUAACUGGUUCUGGAACAUGGUCCUUGCUUUCGCCGUCCCACCGCUCUUGUGGAAUAUCAACUGGAAAAUGUAUAUGAUCUUCGCAACUUUCAAUGGUCUGGCAUUUAUUCAUAUGACAUUACUGGCACCUGAAACCCGAGGCUUCACGCUGGAAGAGAUGAAUGAGGUAUUUGAUUCCGGGCGGCCAGCUUGGAAGUCGUUUAAGAAGGAGUCGCGUCUCGAUCAACUAACAAAAGACAUCGAGGCUGGUAAUGUCAAGAUCAAUGCACCGUUCUCUCAUGUAGAGAAGUUGGCCCCGACUACCCCCAAGACUCAGGAACCAACCACCUAA